GUUGCCGACGACGAAGUCGCUAAUGAGCGCCGAAGAAGAGCUAAGAGCGAAGAUGAAGCGAACCUGAGGUUGAAUUUACUCUGUUCGUGCUCGAAUUUCAACUGUGAGAGUGUGAAGGAAAGGAAGUCCUGCCAGCGAAAAGAAGCAAGAACAAGGUGUUUUUGCUGGGCUAAGUCAACUGUGUUGUUGAGUUUUUGCUGCAACGUUAUAAACUUUAGGACAGAAAAAGACAGAGGAGAGACACCUGCUGUGUAAAGUUGUCCAGUCUGCGCGGCUUCCUGCUCUUUGGAGGCGGAGAACAAACGUGAGACUCCACAGAGAUGGACCAGAACAACAGUAUACCAGCCUUCCAGGGGCUGGCCUCCCCACAGGGUGCCAUGACCCCUGGCAUGCCAAUCUUCAGUCCAAUGAUGCCUUAUGGCUCAGGCCUGACACCCCAGCCUGUCCAGAACACCAAUAGCUUGUCCAUACUUGAAGAACAGCAGAGGCAACAACAACAGCAACAACAGGCUCAGCAGGCAAAUGCAGGCCUUCCUGGAACAUCAGGGCAGACUCCUCAGCUUUACCAUUCCCAGACUGUAGCAGGCACAACUACAACGGCGCUGCCAGGAACCACCCCGCUCUACAACACACCUCUGACCCCCAUGACCCCUAUCACACCAGCCACACCAGCCUCAGAGAGCUCAGGAAUAGUACCACAGCUACAAAACAUUGUUUCUACUGUAAACCUGGGCUGUAAACUGGAAUUGAAAACCAUCGCCCUCAGAGCCAGGAAUGCAGAGUACAACCCAAAGCGUUUUGCUGCGGUCAUCAUGAGAAUACGAGAGCCCAGGACCACGGCUCUAAUCUUCAGCUCGGGGAAGAUGGUCUGCACUGGAGCCAAGAGUGAAGAGCAGUCGAGGUUAGCUGCCAGGAAAUAUGCCCGUGUGGUACAAAAGCUCGGCUUUCCUGCAAAGUUCCUGGACUUCAAGAUUCAGAACAUGGUGGGGAGCUGCGAUGUAAAGUUUCCAAUUCGGCUGGAGGGAUUAGUCCUUACACAUCAACAGUUCAGCAGCUACGAGCCGGAGCUGUUUCCUGGAUUGAUUUACAGAAUGAUCAAACCCAGGAUUGUCCUGCUCAUCUUUGUUUCAGGGAAAGUUGUACUCACAGGAGCCAAGGUGAGAGCAGAGAUCUACGAAGCUUUUGAAAACAUCUACCCCAUUCUGAAAGGUUUUCGCAAGACAACGUAGAACCUGCAGCAUUUUCUUUUUCACCUCAAUAACCCCGUCUCUUUUUACUGUUUUAACAUUCACAUGAAGCAUCUUCAUGUAGACCUCUUCCAGUAGACCGCUGUAAGGGUUUAUUUUUUCUCUAACAGGGAUGUCAAGUGUUUUCAGGUUAAAAAAUAGUUUUUUGGGUGUUUUUUUUUUUGCUGUUUCAACACAAGUGAUGGAAUAGUUUCUCCAAGGCACCUCGGAUUAUUUUAAAUCCUUUAAUUUUCUUCUCGUUAUUUUUUUCUGUUCCCCUGCUCGCAUCCCUGAUUGUACAUAAGACUGUAAAGAAAUGUAAAAAUGGUUGAGAAGCAGUCUGAGAAGGACUGCUCUUUGCUUUUAUUUUCAGCUGUUUUAAAUAGUUUUAUAUAUUGCAUUUUUAUCACUUGUCAGGGCUGCCUGCACGUUUUAUCUUCGCGUGUUGGGGUCUACUAGCCAUGCAUUCAUUUUAACAGUAUUUAUCGAGAUUUUAGAUGAACAGACUGUGUGCAAAACUGAACCAGUCUACACUCUCAUCCUCAUGUUCACAUUAAUCACAACUGGAUCUUGGCUAAUUUCAAUUCUUAUUGUAUGGGUAUUGGUUGUGGAAUUUCCCUCCAAAUUAACAAACAAGCAUCCACUGUGAAUUAGUGUCUAAAGUUUGGUUUGCCAAAGUUUUGGAUAGACUGGAGCUAAUCUGAGCACUAUUGCUGAUGUUUUGAUGAUAUGUUUGGGCUCAAAAUACAUUAAAAUCCAAGCUGUUUAUUUUUUAUUUUUUUACACUCCCAUGACUCCAGGAUCAAAGGGAAUGGACAAUUUAUUUUUUGGCAAACUGUGCCUUGUCUGGAGCACAGUGCAGAUUAGAAAGUUUGAAUCUAGAAGUCCAAGACACAGAUGGGACUGGCACUCUUUAGUUAAAACCCCUUGUGUUGUAUUUAUUUUGAAUUUACAUUGUUUCAUACUCCCACAAGCACUAAAAGAUGUCCUGUUGAAAGAUAAACUGCAUCAUGGCUUGACAUGUUUAUUAUGUGGCUACAAGUUUCCUUAAGUUGGCCAUUCAGAUGUAUAUUUGUUUUAAUCAUUGCUGAGCACUGGUUGAUGUGAAUCAGUCCUGACUUUCAAAACUUUGUUCUUAGCCAAAUACGAGUUGAUGUUGUGGGCACAUGUUGAGUUACAGAUCCAGUGUCUGUGUGUCAGCUCCAUAAGGGCUGUUUGGACAGCAGAAGCUGGGGAAAUUAGAGAUUUAUGUUCAGCUACUACAUCAUUAAGUUCGUCUUUUACCAGCAGCUUAGUAGCAGCCAACUGGGAGUUCAGAAAUCUAAAUGCAACUCUUGAAAUUGUAAUGUGCUGCACUGUCCAAUAAUAAACAUGUACAUACUGA